CUUCGACGCUUUCUGCGGCUCAAGAUGCGGGUCACACAUGCACCAUCGCGCAAGUCCGGAAGCUUGUAUGAACCUCCCCCCCCCCCCCUCCCCCCUCUCGGCAAUAACUCAUCAGCAAUUAGAAAAGGGUCCGGAUCCGUUUACACGACGAACGUGCUCGUUCGUGCGUGUCGCCGGCCAUGCGGAAGGACUACGCUGACCUCAUCCACCAGAUGCUCCAUCAGGUCAGGCGCACGCACCGACGCAGGUACCCAAAACAUUCCCGCGUUGGACCCUUCUCUUCUCUUCUCUUCUCGACUUCUAAGCGAAGUGCAGGAUCGCACCAGAAAAGGGCCAUGGAAUACGCUUCGGCGCCGAAGAAGGGGUUAGCGAGUACGUUUCGGCGCCGACGAACAUCAUGCGCGCUCCCACGCAGUGUCUCUUGCUUGCUUUUCUGUGCAUUCAGUUACAAAUCCCACUUAUUUGCAUCCCACAUCGCUUUGCAUCGACGUUGCCGAACGGCGUUCAUUGUGGGGGGUGACUGCGUGCUGAUUACAUAAAAACACAACGGACGCGCUUGCGGGUUGCCCGACGCGAAGAACACGAGCCUCAAGUGGAGAGCGUAGCGAUACAAAGCCACGAAAGUUAU